CCGCAUCUUCUCCAGCUCCAACAUUUCCAGAGCCUCAAGCUAGCGGCCAACCUAUCAAUCGUCAUUUAUAUUAAUCACGUCCGCAACACCACUCAACGAACCAGAAACGAUUCAGGGCGUCCCCUCUGCCAGCGCAGAACAGCGGCUGUAUGGCCAGCUCGCGUACACAUAGCCGCAAUGCCUCGCAAUCACGAAGAGCCCUCGGAGAUGGAGACGAUUCUGUCCUUGGCGCAGUCCUCGAUACGCGGCAGUUGGAAGCCUUUGGCCGAAAGGUAACGGCAACUGCAAGCCACCUGAUGGGUGACAAUUCUUCCAACCACUACCCGAACGCGAUGACCAGCAUAUCGCGCCAGAUGCGACGGCCAGCCCUACAAAGAGGUGUUCUCAGCUUCGCUCAUCAAGCUCCUUCGGAACUGGUCAGAGCAAAACUGUCCACCAGCGAAAUAGCACAUCGAGCCCUCACUUACAUCUCCGACGACCAAUUGCACAAUAUUCCUGAAGAUGAUAAUACCUAUUCCCUAUUCCAGGGCUUUCAAGCCUCAGUACCGGAAAGCGAGAGUGAACACCGAAAAGGCCAUCGGCGGCGGGGUUCGAAGCAGCACAAGCUCCUGGGGGCUGGGGAUAUCGAAGAAGAUGGCCCUCCAACGAUCCAAAACCUGAAGAAGAAACGGAAUACUGUCAAUCAUAGACUGGAAAUGAUGGCCAUUAGGAAGAACAUGUGCACAACCGAGAUCCGAGACAUCGACAACAAAAUUGCAAAUCUGCAAAACAUGCGGAGAAUCGUCCUCGACAGACUUGCUGGGCUCGAAAAUGACGAAGCCGAGGUCGAACACGAACUGCUGGAACUCGACAAUAAGAUUGAAGAGAUGCAGGAAGAGCUCGCCGAGCAGGGUGCGCUAGAGGAGUCGACCAGUACACUGAACCCUCCUAGAGCGGCUACACCGGAGUCCGAAGCCAUGGACGCAUCUUUCAUGUCACAAUCCAUAUACGAGAAACUUCCCUCGACCGCGUCGCCAAAGUCUCCAAAAUCAAAACGUCGGCCCACUUAUGCAAGGCGCAAAUCUAUGCCAGUUCUCCACGAACACUUGGAACAGGGGUCUCAUAUCAAGACAAUUCCAGCACAUAAUGAUACAAUCACGGCCCUAGAUUUCGACCAACCUUUUGGGACUAUGGUUAGCGCGGCUCUCGACGACACGGUACGUGUUUGGGAUCUCAACUUGGGUCGGUGUAUGGGUUUCUUAGAAGGCCAUACUGCUUCCGUCCGGUGCCUGCAGGUUGAAGACAACAUUGUUGCAACUGGCAGUCUAGAUGCCACCAUAAGGCUCUGGGAUCUCAGUCGAGCCAAGUACGAGCCAUACGAAAACAAAAUCGUUGAGAAUGGAGAAGAAGGGAAAGGCGGAGAUGAUGAGGACGAUGGGCUAGGCUUCGGCAACGAAACGGAAGACGCCCCUCCUCCACCGCCACCUGACGCUAUGGAAGAAUGCCCUCUUUUCGUCCUCGAAGCUCAUGUGGAUGAGGUUACGGCUUUGCAUCUACGUGGAGACAUGCUCGUUUCGGGCUCGGCUGACAAGACUUUACGUCAAUGGGACUUGGUCAAAGGUCGAUGUGUGCAGACACUUGAUGUGCUAUGGGCAGCUGCUCAAGCCAGUGCGACCUUGAACAGUGCAGAACCACAAUGGCGACCAACGGGACGAUCAACUGAUGCGAACGCGGAUUUUGUGGGCGCCUUGCAAUGUUUUGAUGCAGCCUUAGCAUGUGGCACUGCGGAUGGAAUGGUCCGUCUGUGGGAUUUGAGAAGUGGACAAGUCCACAGAAGUCUUGUUGGACAUACCGGCCCUGUCACCUGUCUGCAGUUUGAUGACACUCACCUUGUGACCGCCAGUGUCGACAGAAGCGUCAGAAUUUGGGAUCUCCGAACGGGGACAAUCUUCGAUGCUUAUGGUUAUGACUCGCCGAUCACGAGUAUGAUGUUCGAUGCACGUCAUAUUGUCUGCGCUGCUGGUGAAGACGUGGUCAAAGUCUAUGACAAGGCUGAUGGUAGGCACUGGGAUUGUGGUGCAGGUGCCAACACGACAGUCGAGGAUCGAAUGGCCGAUACAAACACAAGUGUCGUUGAGCAUGUCAGGUUGAAAGAUGGGUACCUGAUAGAAGGCAGGAGAAAUGGUGAAGUGGGAGUGUGGACUUGCUAAUAGCGCUUGGUAUAUUACUGUACAAAAUCGAGUACGAGACGAUGGAUGCUAUUGUCCGGCAAUGGAUUGCACCUGGCUAAUUCGUGCCAUAGGGAAUUGGUUGCUACGAAUCAGGGCAAAUACGAUCCAGCAGGGGAUACAUAACCAUUUCUUCAAGAAUAUCAUUUCAAUAUCCUCAGCGACAUCGGGUCACUACAUCCGAUAUUUGUACAUUCCCAGGACGCCAUGCUUAUUUGCAACGUGCGGUCAUCCACGUCAAUAACAAUUUACAAUUUUUCCUUCACAAGGUAUAUGCCAAGUCCGUAGAAAAGAAAAGAACAAAACCGUCACGCCAGCUCCGGCAACGAUGCUGAUACGGGCGUCGCCUGGUACAUCUCCUCCUCCCUCUUGGCCGCCCUCGCCAUCGCCAACGCUCUACGGUAUCGGGGGUGCGCACAUGGUCUUUUGGCGACCUUACCAACACCCUUCCUACCCUCGAUGACGAUACCCAUCAUGGCCACGUCGUACGCCUCUUUCAGCUCUUCCCGGGUCGUUCUGGCUAUCAAAAUGGCACGGGCAGAGGACUCCGGUCCGUGCAU